CCGAGUGGCCGCGUUAUUUUUGCCCCGCGGAGCAGAAUCCUGUCUGCCGCUCCGCUGCCUCGCGCCGCUUUGCCCGGAUUCGCUCGUAGUUGCCUGCUUUUGGAAUUAUUCAUAUCGCUUCAUUUUUUUUCUUUUUUCCCACAAGUUGGUAUCGUUUCUGUUUUGAAACGUAGGUCAGAGGGUCUCGCAGAAUUCGGGCUCGCAGACGGAACCGGGCAGGAUGUCAGGAUCCACAUCAGUCUCUCACGCGCGCCAUCACCGGCGCGCCGAGCGCCGCGUGCAAAGCAGCAAGGUGGAGAAGUCCGUGAGCCAGACUCACCAGUCCAGCAGCCGCGUCUCCUCCGCGCGCUACUCCAGCGGGAUGAAGGCCUCUCUGCACUCCAUGAAGGGGCAGGAGGUGACCCUGAGGGCCCUCCCCCAGAGGGUCAAGCCUUUCUGCCUGGCUGUGGAUGAAGACACCGAGAUCAUUGGCUACGUGGUGCCAGCCUUCAGGACCCGUCAUGCGCUCGUUCAGCAGGAGGCUCACGAGGAGAGCCUGGGGCAGAUCGCCAUGAGGCAGAUGUUCUCCCGACAGACGGAGAGCAUGGAGGUGCAGCAGGUGCACAGGGUGGAGAAGAAGAGCAGGGAGGUGAUGAUAAGGGAGUCCGCCAACCUCAUCACCCUGAAGAGAAAGAUCCUUGAGAAGGAGGAGUUUGAGAGGAAGAUGAACAAAGACAGUCUGACUCACACCCCGGAAUUUAUAGUGAAGCCCAAGUCGUACACCGUGUGGGAGAACCAGACCGUGAAGCUGCACUGCACCGUAGCGGGCUGGCCCAAACCGCGCGUGACCUGGUACAAGAACAAUGUGUGCAUCGACCCCAAAGCUCACCCUGAGAAGUACACCGUGGAGAGCACCUACAACAUGCACUCUCUGGAGAUCAAAAACUGUGCGUUUGAGGACACUGCUCAGUACAGCGCCUCCGCUCUCAACAUCAGGGGCGGGAUCACAGCCGUCUCCUCUGUCGUGGUGAAAAGAUACAAGGAAGAUGUGAUUCUUCAUCCAGCGAAACCACACGGGUUCUGUGCAGAGUUCGGGGUCACGUUUGAGGCCCACAUCAUGGAUAAGUUUUCGGUGUCCUUCGGGAGGGAAGGCCAGACGCUGAGCCUGGGCUGCACCGUGGUAGUUUACCCCACCGUCAAACGCUACCAGCCGGACGUGCUGUGGUAUCGCAACAAUACCCUGCUGAAGCCCUCUAAGUGGGUGUCGAUGCACUGGAGUGGGCAGAAGGCCAGCCUGACGCUGCCGCACCUCAACAAGGAGGACGAGGGCCUGUACACCCUGCGGUCACACAGUCGGCUCAACUCCACUCCGCCUACGUCUCGGGCAUAUUGCUGGAUUUAAGAUGCUGAUGUGGAGGUAGAGGGUGCCCCCGUGGCCCCUCUGGACGUGCACUGCCACGAUGUGAAUAAGGACUACGUGGUGGUGACAUGGAAGCACCCGGCAGUAGAGGGCGCCAGCUCCAUCCUGGGCUACUUUGUGGACAGGUGUGAGAUGGGCUCCUCCUACUGGGCCCAGUGUAACGAUACGCCGGUGAAGUUUGCCCGUUUCCCGGUGACGGGUCUGGUGGAGGGGCGCACCUACUCCUUCCGCGUGCGCGCCAUCAACCACUUCGGCAUCAGCCACCCGUCCCGAACCUCCGAGCCCGUGCUCGCCAUGGACCGUCGACCGCGCGCGGGUCAUCCCUUGGCCCCGUGGACCGCGCAGAUCAUUGUGACUGAGGAGGAGCCUGCAGCUGGCGUCGUCCCGGGCAAACCCAGUGACCUGGCGGUUACCGAGGCAACCAAGAGCUACGUGGUGCUGAGCUGGAACCCGCCCGGGCAGCGAGGUCACGAGGGUCUCAUGUACUACGUGGAGAAGCUGAUCUCGGGCACGGAGACGUGGCAGAGGGUGAACACGGAGAUGCCGGUUCGGUCGCCGCGGUUCGCGCUCUUCGACCUCGCCGAGGGGAACAGCUACAGCUUCCGCGUCCGCUGCGUCAACUCCGCCGGCGUGGGCGAGCCGUCCGACGCCACGGCCGAGAUCACCGUCGGCGACAAGCUGGACCUGCCCCAGGCCCCCUCUCACGUGGUCCCCAUCCGUCUGACGGACUCGGCGAUGGUGGUGACCUGGAGCUCCACACAGGAGACGGAGGAGUUCCUGGGGUACUACAUCGACUACAGCGUGGUGGGAUCCAACGUGUGGACCCCCUGCAACAACAACCCUGUCAAAGGCAACAGGUUUGUGUGCCAUGGGCUGAACGCCGGAGACACCUGCGUGUUCAGGGUGAAGGCCGUCAAUGUGGCGGGAUACAGCCUGAACUCCGAGGAGUCUGAGAAAGCGCUCAUCAAGGCUGCCAUCUUGAUCGCAGAGCCCCCCCACGGUAUCAGGGUGCAGGAGAGUGUUCGCGAUUACAAAGUUCUGACCUGGGAGGAGUCCACGCUCGAUGGCGGAGCCGAGGUCACCGGCUACUUCCUGGACUACCGUACGGUCACCGGCGGGGUCAAAGGUCAAUGGCACGAGCUCAACACCAAGGCCAUCAAGGAGCGCUCCUACAAAGCAGAGAACCUGAAGGAGAACGUGUUCUACGAGUUCAGCGUGCGCGCCAUCAACCAGGCGGGAGUGAGCGAGUCCUCCCUGGCCUGCCCUCCCACCGAAUGCAAGGAGUUCACCAUCACCGUUCCAGGAACCCCCCACAGCUUGCAUGUGCAGGAGGUGCGUAGCGACUCCCUGGUGUUGCUAUGGGAACCGCCGGUGUACCAGGGCCGUACCGCGGUCACCGGGUUCUACGUGGACAUCAGGGAGGCGGAGUCUUCCGAGGAGGCGUGGCGAGGAGUCAACGAGCAGGCCACCACCAAGAAGUACCUGAAGGUCGAGGGUCUGAAGGAGGGCGUGUCCUAUGUGAUGCGGGUCUGUGCUCAGAACCUGGCUGGAGUGGGAGAGCCUGCAGAACUCUCAGACUCAGUGCUGGCCCUGACCCGCCCAGGGACCCACGAGAUCUACGUGGACGUGGACGAUGACGGCGUGAUCUCCAUGAUCUUCGAGUGUUCCGAAAUGUCAGCCGAAUCGCAGUUCGUCUGGUCCAAGAACUACGUGGAGUCCGUCGACGCCUCCCGCCUCAAGAUUGAGACCUCAGGGGGCAGGUCACGGGCCAUCUUCACCGACCCCUCCCUGGAGGAUCUGGCCAUUUACUCCUGUGUGGUCACAAACACUGAUGGGGUCUCCUCCAGCUACACACUCACAGAGGAGGGACUGAAACGCCUGCUGGACAUCAGCCAUGACCACAAGUUCCCCACCAUCCCCUUCACCUCUGAGCUGGCCGUGGAGCUGCAGGAGAAGGGCCGCGUGCGCUUCUGGAUGCAGAUGGAGAAGUUCACCCCCAACUGUGAGGUGGAGUACGUGUUCAACAACAACAUCAUCGCCCAGGGAGAGAAAUACACCAUGAACUUCGAUAAGAAGACGGGCAUCAUCGAGAUGUUCAUGGACUCGCUGGAGGUCCAGGAUGAGGGAACCUUCACCUUCCAAAUGGUGGAUGGGAAGGCCACCGGCUGCUCUAGCGUGGUGCUGAUUGGAGAUGAAUUCAGAGAGAUGCAGAAGAAGUCUGAGUUUGAGAGGAAGGAGUGGGUCAGGAAGCAAGGUCCUCACUUUGUGGAGUACCUGAGUUUCGAGGUCACAGCAGAAUGUAACGUUCUCUUGAAAGCCAAGGUGGGCAACCUGUCCAGAGAGACCGACAUCACCUGGUACAAGGACGGCCUGGAGGUGGAGGAGCAAGAUAACCUGUCUUUCACAGACGGCAUCCUGGCCCUCAACAUCGCCAAGAUCAGUAAGAAGGACGCCGGCAUUUAUGAAGUCCAGCUGAAGGACUCCAGGGGCAAAGAUAAGAGCACCUUGGACCUGACAGACAAAGGAUUCCAGGAACUGAUGAAUGAAGUCUUCAGAGUUAUUGCAAACUCUGCCACUGAGCUGAGUGUGACAAGCACUGAGGAGGGCAUCAUACUGCACACCACGGUGGUGUACUACCUGGAGGAUCUGCGCGUGGGCUGGCUGUACAAAGAUGCAAAGAUCACUCAGUCCAAACAUCUGGAGGCUGGCAUCACAGGGGAGGAGCUCUGGCUGAAGAUAAACGAACCCACAGAGAAGGACAAGGGCAAAUACGCCAUCGACAUCUUCGACGGGAAGGCCGGGGUGCGGAGGGUUUAUGAACUGGCCGGACAAGCGUGGGAGGAGGCUUUCGCUGAGUUCCAGAGGCUGAAGGCUGCUGCCAUAGCAGAGAGGAACCGCGCUCGUGUUGUGGGAGGCCUGCCAGACGUGGUCACCAUCCAGGAGGGCAAGUCUCUCAACCUCACCGGAAACGUCUGGGGAGACCCCGCCCCCCAGGUGCAGUGGCUGAAGAACCAGGCGGACAUCUCGUCGGACGACCGCUACGUCCUGAAGUUCGAGGCGGGAAAGUUCGCCAGCAUCACCAUCCCCUCGGUGACCCCGCCCGACUCCGGGAAGUACAGCCUGGUGGUGACCAACAAGUACGGCACGGAGAGCGGCAACUUCACCGUCAGCGUCUACAUCCCCGAGGCUGAGGAGGAGGAAGGAGAGCAGGACGAGAAGGACAAGAAAGAGAAAGACAAGGACACGGAAAAAGACAAGAAAGUCAAGAAGUAGGGAAGGGAAGGGAAGUUCUCAGGAGAGGUUAGGAGGGUGAGGGGGGGUGAAAUAUAAUUAAGUAGUUAAAAGAAGUUACUAAUGAAUUUUUGCCAGGGCGAUUUACAAAUGCCUUUAACUGCAGUGCACUCCAGUGCUAUCUCAUGAAUAAUUAAAAUCCUCAGUGCACUCCAGUGCUAUCUCAUGAAUAAUCAAAAUCCUCAGUGCACUCCAGUGCUAUCUCAUGAAUUAGUAAUAUCCUCCAUGCACUCCCGUGUUAUCUCAUGAGUAAUUAAAAUCUGCAGUGCACUCCAGUGCUAUCUCAUGAAUAAUUAAUAGCACAGGAGUGCACUGAGGAUAUUAAUUACUCAUGAGAUAGCACUGGAGUGCACUGAGGAUAUCUCAUGAAUAAGUAAUAUCCUCAGAUAUGUUCCCUGUGUUAUGCGGAACACGCUCACUCUCUGGUCUUUCCAGAGUAUGAAGAUUAAAUAGCACAGGUCACUGCACUGGAAUAAAAGGCAUUGAAUGGUUGUCCUGAUUAUAAGCGUAACCAGGGCAACCCUGGUUUUGCUGGGAAUUGUAUGCAUUGCCGCUCUUGUGGCUUGUUUUGUCUGUGUGUCGCUGGCCGUGUUUUUACACGAGCCCCAGAUCUGUGCUUUACCAGCAUCCAGGUGCCAGAGAGAGGUGCAGUAAGGCCUCAAAAUGGCCCCUCCGUAGGGCACAAACAGGGUCAGAGGUCAUGCGUAAAGGCCGCGAUGGUACUGCGAUGUACUGGCCUGCUCUGUGAGUAACCCGUUGAUAGAAGAACCAGUAAAAUGAAUGUUUCUGUUCACAUUUGUGAUGUUGAGUAGUGUGAGCCCUGUGCAAAUGGGGCUGCAGAGCGAAUGUGAUGCUUAGUGUUUAGUGUUACAGUCAAACUGGGCUCCCAGCAAAAAUCCCUCCUCACUGGAACCCAGUCCCUACCUGAGAGGGUCAGGGAAAUGCGAACAUGUUGAGCUCACUGUUUUCUUGUCAGACGGGAAAGUUAAGGGUCGCAUUUUAUCAUGAGAAACGUGGAGCUACAGCGAUAACUGCACUUUCUGUAUGACUGUCCUGUUCUGUGUCGCCUAAUAAACGAUGCACGCAUUCCCUCA